CUUGCUGCUUCAAAUCGAACCAAGAAGUCGUCGCGUGUGCGUGUGUGACCAGAGCAGCUAGUGGAAGGAAGAAAAAAAAAACUUCUGGAAAUCGGUGGCGCUUUUGGCCACCUCCAAAAGUGCGUGAUUCCGGAUCGCGAGUGUCCCCGCGGGUAGCACGCGGCCUUGGAGCGUACUUUGCACCGGCCGUGGUGGCGUUUUCAGCGCCGGCAGGUUCCUCCUUUUAGGCCAAGCAUCAGCGCGCAGCAGACCAGGAAGAAGAAGAAGAAGGUUGAGCUCUCGGAGUGAAAUUCGCGUGUGGCCGCGGUUGUGGGCCGCGCGCGCUUUAUCGAGGCGAAAAAGUGGUUCCCGCAGCGGGAAGUGUGACCUGUUUCUCCCCUUGGAAAAUGUCCGCGGAAGGACAACGACGGUGAAGUGAAGAGUUUUUGUGUUGUGGCCACUUUUUUCGGAAAGCGCGAGGGAGGGAAGGGAAGAAGAAAAAGUCACACGCGCCAUCCGAGGAGGCCUCGAAGUUUUUGGUGAAGUGAUUCCUGAUUUUAACGAGCCAGGCCAAGGUGUCGACCCGAUGUUUCAAGGUUCCGGCAGUCGGUCACCAGCGAUGGCCACGACGGCGGCAGCAGCAGCAUCCGUGCUCAACACCAGCACCGACAGCAACCCAGACGAUGACCCCAACAAUACUCUCCAACAUCCAUCAACACCACCACCAUCCGACACCAACCGCACCUUUCUGCUUCUGUUUCCGCAGUCCAUCAUCCGGAAGGUGCGCUCGCGCGUCUCCAGCAUCAUCCCGGACGCCCUGUCCAAGUGGUUCUCGCCGUCGGCGGUGAAGCGCCCCCGCGAAACGGCCGAAUCGUUGUCCUCGUCCAGUUCUCCGCCUCCCGUGGCCGUAGCAGGUCGCAACGGGAACCUGCUGCGACAGCUGGAGGAACAACAACAGGAAGAAGAGGAGGACGAGGAUGAGGCGCCGCCGACCAGGAAGAAAAAGCGGGUCGAGGAGAGAUUUAACACAUCGCUCGGUGAUUUUAACGACGAUUUGAGUGCCCUGCCGGGCCCGAGCGGCCUCAACAUCUCGGCCAUCGACCGGCGCAGCUCGCUGCCGAUGAGUGCGACGGUUCCGAGGGGUCGGAGUGCGUUCUCUUCGUCGACGCCGUCGACGUCUCCGCAGCAGCAUCAGCCAAGUUCCCAAGGUGGGAUGUUCCAGCGGCAGCAGCUUCAGCAGAGAAUAAGCCACGCGAACCGUGCGACGGCGCCGUACAAUUUUGGAGCCGCGACGGCCGCAGAUCCAAUCGAUGAAGAAGUGGCGGAGGUCGACGACGAGUCGGGAUUUUCCAACUCGAUCCGGCAGCGGCGUAGCAUUCGGGAGGUGAGCGGCCGGAAGAGGUUGAAUAUUCCGCAGACGGUGGCGCCCGCAGGGGUGGACCGGUCGAUUUCGGAACCGCCUGCGGCGCCGAUCUUUGGCACGCGGAGUACGGUUUUUGGACGUUCCGUGGCGCUGCCGCAGCAAAGUAGCAACGAGGAUUUGAGGCAGGAGGAUGCCGAAAGAGGAGGACUGCUCUCGAACGGGAAUGUCAACGAGAGUGCUUCGGAGAGUAGCAGCGUAUCGAAUUUGAAUCUGAGCCAGUCGGACCAGAUUGAGGCGGGGGGAAGUCGGAGGUUGUCCGGAUUUAUGGGCAACGUGAGCCGGAGCAAGCGGCUCAAGGUGGGAGGUUCGACUGGAGAUUUGUGCUUCUCGUCGCAUCUGGAAACGGAAAAGAGUCUGUUUUCGGCGAAGAACGCUGGAAGAGCGGGUGGAGUCUCUGGACGACCUACGUUCAACGCGUCCCUGUACGGCAGCAGUUCCUCGCUGGGCAGCAGCAACAGCAGUUUGUUUGCAAACUCGCCGUUCUACAACGGCAAGACCAUGUACGGGGGAGCUUCCGCCUACAGCGCCCGUCGGGACAUCCGCCAGAAGGCCCUGCGCGUGCCCGUCCAGAUGCGGCCCGCUUCGGCGCUCUCCAACUUUUCCUCUUCCAACAACAGCCUCGCGUCGGACACGUCCGCCCUGUCCAACACCGCCAAGCGCAUUCUCGAAAUCAUGAACCAGUGCUCGGGACCGCUCAGCGAAGCCCGCAAACUGGGCAGCAGCCUCAGCCUCAACAGCACACUGGCGUCCGCCAAAGUUCCCGGCCUAGUGCAAGCCCGCCGGCGGUUCAACGAGGAAGACCUCACCAUCAACCGCAGCAUACGAAUGUCUAGUCCGCGAACGCCGUACAGCCGGCCCCAGAGCGCCUCCGCGUCCAACUCGACAUCCACCAACAAACCCCCCACCAACGAGCUCCAAAUCCCCAGCAUCUCCCAGCUGCUUCAGAUGAAACGCCUCCAAACCAACACCGAAUCGGUGCGUCGACUCGCCACCGAGUCCAACGCCGGCACGAUCCUGAACGAACCGACCGAGUACAAACUGCCCGGCGCGGCCGAGCCGGACGACUCCAACAACAACAACUCCAGCAAGCACACCAACAAGAUUCGCAGCAAGCUGCACCGGGUGCGGGAAGAGUCGGCCGCCGACCGGGACAGCAGCAAUCCCGUGCCGCAGCUGGUGCUUCCGGAGGUGCAGCUGGCGGGCCUCAAAUCGGUGCCCAAGUUCGAUAUUAAGGUGUCGUCGGGAAGCAGCGUGGCGGCCACCAACGGAGCCAACAAAAACGGGGAACCCGCGUGGAAGAAGGCGACGAGCGAAACCCAACCCAAGAUGAGCACCAUCAGCAGCAGCACCACCACCUUCAAAUCCAACAACGCCACCAUCUUGCCAGCUUCGGCCACCGCCGCCAUCUCGAAAGACUCCAACGCAGCAGGAGCGUACAAAUUCUCGUCGCCAGCCAAGCUGAACCUGCCCCAAACCCCGAGCAAACCCGCCACGCUCAACAGCUUCAAGUUUAGCAACCCGGAACCACUCGGAAAGGCAAGCGGACCGGCGAAGCUGACCGGCUUCCAGUUCAACCCGGACACGGCCAAGGUCAAAUCGAGUGUAACACCUGCGGCGGCAAGUGUCAGCCCGGUGAAGGCGCCUCUACCGCUCAAGAGCGGUAGCUGUUUGGACGCGCUCAAAUCCGGUAGCUGUCUAGAGGCACUGGCGCCCAAGCCCGCGGCCCCCGCGGCCGGUUUCGGCAACGCGUUCAAACUGACCGGCUCGAACAAGUGGGAGUGCGACGCGUGCAUGGUCCGGAACGAUCCGGACAAGACCAAGUGCGUGUCGUGCGAAACGCCCAAGCCGGGUGCGAAACCGGCGCCAACGCCGGUUAAACCGUUGACGGCGGCACCGAAGACCACCGACGCCGGCUUCAAGGCGCUCGUGGCCCAGCAAUCCGCCCGGUGGGAGUGCUCCGACUGUAUGACCCGGAACGAAGCGGACAAAACGAGCUGCGCUUGCUGUAGCAGUCCAAAGCCGGGCGCCACUCCGGCAGCUGCCGUUGCUUCCGCCGUCCCGGCGGCCAUCAAGUCGAUGUUUACGAUGCCCGCUGCGCCGACGUCCGACCAGGGCUUCAAGAGUUUGGUUGCGCAGCAAGCCGCCGGCAAGUGGGAGUGCAGUGCCUGCAUGACCCGUAACGAGGCCACCCGCAGCAAGUGCGCCUGCUGCGAGCAGGCCAAACCCGGAUCAACCCCAACGGACGCGCCGUCCUUCUCGUUCGGAAGCAAACCUGCGGCAGCGUCGACAACCGCCAGUUCUGGAUUCAGUUUUGGCGUGCCACCCAAAAACGCCGACAGUAAAGAAUCCCCAAAAUCCGGAUUCUCCUUCGGAGUUCCAGCCUCGAGCGUUGCGCCAACUCCAAGUUCUGGAGGAUUCUCGUUUGGCAGCAAACCUGCCGCAGCCACAACAGCCCCAGCAAGUUCCGACGACAAGCCCAAAUUCUCGUUUGGAAGUAGCAGCAGUACGACUGCUACAACGGCAACCCCCCCUUCCGGAACCGGAUUCAGCUUCGGCGCGAAACCAACCGCCGACACUACUGACAGCAGUAAAGCCAGCGAAAAGAAGGACGAGCCUAAACCGGCGACCUUCGGCUCCGGAGGCUUCUCGUUCGGAGCGAAACCCGCGAGUGAAGCGCCCAAAAAGGACUCCCCCAGCAGCGGUGGCUUCAGCUUUGGAUCACCCAAACCCACCACCACCACCACAACGGCGGAAUCAUCUCCCAUAACCUUCGGCAAACGCGCCGCAUCCCCCUCUCCCUCUAGCACGCCAGCGGAACCGACCAAACCGGCAACGGUCGGGUUCGGAACGCUUGCGUCCGGCAGUCCGUCGUUUAGCUUUGGGGCGAAAGCUGCGGAAAGCAAACCUGCGUCGGCAUCGGCGACUACGACACCUGCAUCCGGAAUGUUUUCGUUUGGAUCGCCGAAACCGGUGGUUGGCGGCGCUGCCACCACAGAAUUGAAGAAUUCGACAACUUCCAGUGCUUCUCCGGCUACGACGGCGGCCGCUCCGGCGUCGUCCGCUGCGACGACAGCGACCAGUGUUCCUAUCUUUGGUGGUGCUCAAAAGCCAACCGGCCCUUCGAUAACCCCGGGCUUCAGCUUCAGCUCAGCAUCAACGCCAGCAUCGGCAUUCGGCCCGACUCCAGCGGCAAACAGCAGCAGCAGUUCCACGACAGCACCCGCCGCCUCCUCAACGGCCACAGUUGCGCCCACUUUCAGCUUUGGCGCCGCCUCGACGAAACCGACGGAACCUCCGAAGGCGGCAACUCCACUCGGAACCGGCGCUUCGAGCUUCGUCUUUGGCCAAAGCAGCAGUCAACCAGCCGCUACGGCCGGCGCCAAGGUGAUUCCCAGCUUCGGGGCAAACGCGGACAAACCCACCACGGCCACGUUCGGUUCGUUUGGAGCGCCCCAGCCGGCUUCGGCAACGAGCGGAAGUACGUCGUCGAUCUUUGGAGCGGCUGCCAGCGGUGGCGCUUCGUCGGCGUUCAGUUUCACCGGAGCUUCGAAACCGGCGGAACAAUCUUCACCUGCAUUUAGCUUUAGUGCGGCAGCACAGCCCGCGCCAACUCCAGCGGCCCAAACCAACAGUGGCCCAGUCUUUGGAUCUCCCGCGGCAUCGGCUGUCGCCGCCAAGCCCAUGUUUGGCAGUCCGGCUACGUCGUCCGGAACGACAACCACGUUCGGUGGCUUUGGAGCUUCCGCAGCGACGGCGGUCGGUAGCAACACCACGCCAACGUUCGGCUCGAGCAGCUUUGGCAGCGGGGCCACCGGAGCUUCGUCCACAGUGGGCGGUCAGUCUGCGGCUACGUCCAUCUUUGGCCAAUCGUCGGCGCCAGCCUUUGGAGCGGCGCCGUCCGGGUUUGGGGGAAUGGCGAGUGGGAGUCCGUUUGGUGGAGCGGCGGCCGUGACGGCGGCUUCGACCGAUGAACCGCAGGCCAAGAAGAUGUUUGAGUUUGGAGGAAGCUCCGCGGUCAACAACAGCCAACCGGCGGCCACGCCCUUCCAGUUCGGCUCCGGCAGCAACAAUAACAACAACAACAACAAUGACGCUAGCGGUGGCCACAAACCGUUCUCUUUUUCGGCGCAAUCGGCGCCCAACUUUAACUUUUCCGCCGGCUCGAACGCGGGACAAACGUCGGCUCCCUUCACCUUCGGAAGUGGUGGCCAACAGCAGCAGCCCGGCACGGCCGGUGGAAUGUUCACCUUUGGAGGUGGCGCCACCACCGUCGGUCUCGGAGGAAUGGGCGAACGCCACAAGUAUGCCUGGCCAAACCCAGCUGCAGCAGCAGCGGCGAAAAAUCAGCGCCCGCCGACGUAUGCCGCCCCGGUAGGAGGAGCAACGUCAUCGCCGCCAAGACGCCGCCGCUACCCUGCACCAGCAACAGCCGGCACUUUCCCCCCGUCGUCGGCACCAACUCCUCGCACCAGCAGCAAACACCCCAAUCUAGUGUGGACAAAAGACAACCGCAACAACAACAACAGCUCACAAGCGAAUCCGACGACGGCGGCGAUUUCGGCGGUUCCUUCCUACGACAAGUCUCGAUUCAAGUACGUCUCGCCGGAGCUAAAGAUGAAGAUGGCCGGAACUGGAAAUGGUCAGCAGGAAGGUGAAAGCGGCGGUCACUGAACGGUGGCAAAUACACUCUUUUGUACAGAGUAGAUUCGAAUGGGGAGAUUCGCAAUGGCCUUUUUUCGCGCUUUCUCAACUUGAAAGGAAAAAAAACGAGAAAUUUAACUUUUUUUUUUGUUCCGGGAGCGAUUGUGGAACGAUGCGCAGUGUAUUUGCCCGGCAUGGUCAGUGGUCAGUGAGUGGGGAAGUUAAAAACAGACAAAACUAUCUAAAUAAUGAUCCUUAUCAAGUUUAGAGUGUAAUAGAGAAGAAGGAGGGGAAGUUAAGAAAAUUCAGGAAUCAAUAAUCGUUUGAUUGGCAGUGCUAGUCGAAGCUCGCUCCCAGCAGCUGUGCAGUGUUUUGAUAUAGAUAAUGAAGAAAGAAAAUUAAAAACGCUGGGAGAGGGCUUCUCGAGCCGAAUUGAACGUCGAGAGGAGAGGUCGAGAAAGUAUCGAAAUCACACUGUAAUUAUCAAGAAAGGAAGAUAAACAAGAAAAAAAAACAAUACUAUUUAAGGUUACACAAAUAGUACGAUUGUAGGAUGCUUUAAUAAUCGGAACUGAUGAUAAACAAGAGGACUCAACCACAAACACAAACCAACUACAAACAAACACUGAGACAAAGACGAGCGCGCGCGAAAGUAUGUGUAUAAAGUUGAAUUAAGAGAAAAAAAAAACCGAGAGAAUUUAAGCAGAUUACUUUCCUCAACACGCCAGAGCGAGAAGCAAGAGUCCCUUCGCGUGGACGAAACAUUGUCCAAAUUGCUAGAAAUAUAUAAUAUAUUUGUUCGUUAAGA